ACACAAUCUGCAUCUGCGAGCAAACUGUUCAAUGGCGAUCAUAUGCAAAUAUGCCGCCUUCGACUCGCCGUCCACGACAUGCGAACCCAUACGCAAGAACGCGCAUGAACGAUGACCGGCAUCCAGCACGAACACCGCAAUACGUUUCUGACGAUGAUGACCAAGAGCUAAACGCAUCACACAUCCACGAGGAUCUCAACGCCGAAUCUGGUGCCGAACAAGACGUCGCAGAAGGAAAUGAAGAACUUCCCGACUCCAACCCCGAGGACGAAAACCUAGAAGAAGCCAGCCUCCCCUCCGAAGAAGAAGAAGAAGACGCCCCCUUCCCAGGCGAAGACGAAGAAGACGAAGACGAAGAAGACCUAGACCUCGACCUCCCCACCGACGAACCCUUCCCUCCCCCCGGCCUGAAAGAAAUCUCCUCCCUCGCAAGCUGGACCGUCAGUACCGCCAAACCCGGCAACGGCGUCCUCGCCCUCCGCCACCCCUCCACAACCCAAUUCUGGCAAUCCGAUGGUCCCCAACCCCACACCUUAAACAUCCACUUCUUCAAACUCGUCUCAAUCCUCCGCAUCCGAAUCUUUCUCGACUUCUUAUCCGAUGAAUCCUACACUCCCACGAAAAUUCAAUUCCUUGCUGGAAUGGGAAUUCAUGAUUUGAUUGACUUUGCGGAAAUGAGUUUCGAGCAGCCUACGGGGUGGAUUGAUGUGGAUUUUGGGAAUGUGGGGGGAGGAAGUAACACCGACUCAUCAUCUGCGAAUGAUUUUCGUGAUGAAGAGGAUUGGGAUGAUGAGAAUGAUCCGAGUCAUAGGAAUUACUGGAGUAAACGACCCGUCUUACGCGCGUUUUUGGUGCAAGUUCGGAUCCUGGAGAAUCAUCAAAAUGGCAAAGAUACGCAUUUGCGGGCUGUGCAGAUUUUUGCGAGGGAUGAUGAGAGUGCCAAAAAGGAAAUGGGCGGUGGAGGGAAAACGGUGCCUGUUGUGAAGAAGAAUGGGAAGGGCAAUGCGGUGCAGCUUCCGAGCCGGGCACUGAAGAAAGAGGCAAAUAGCAUCAAGCUGGCAGACUGGAUGAUGAAUCCUGAUAUUCGAUGAAGUGCAGGAGCCGGAAUGUUCGGGUCCGGUGGAAGGAAUGGAUAUUGGGGGCCAGCAUCAAAGCUAGAAAAAUCGUCCCAGGCCGCGACAAAGCAAUGGA